CAACGUCCCUCUCCUCAGCUGUAUAAAAUCUCCAUUACUUCAUUCUCACUCACACGAAAACCCUAAAAAUCCUCUCCACACACACAGAUUUCACUCUCUGCAUCCCAACGCACAACGCCACAAUGCGAGAGAUCCUCCACAUUCAGGGCGGGCAAUGUGGAAACCAGAUUGGGGCGAAAUUCUGGGAGGUUGUGUGCGCGGAGCACGGCAUUGAUUCCACCGGAAGGUACAGCGGUGACAACGAUCUGCAGCUCGAGCGCGUCAAUGUCUACUACAACGAAGCCAGCUGCGGUCGCUUCGUUCCGCGCGCCGUGCUCAUGGAUUUGGAGCCCGGCACUAUGGACAGCGUCAGAUCUGGACCUUACGGCCAGAUUUUCCGGCCGGAUAAUUUUGUUUUCGGCCAGUCCGGCGCGGGGAACAACUGGGCGAAAGGUCACUACACUGAGGGAGCUGAGCUCAUUGAUUCGGUGCUCGAUGUUGUGAGGAAGGAGGCGGAGAACUGUGACUGUUUGCAAGGUUUUCAGGUUUGCCACUCUCUGGGAGGUGGAACCGGGUCUGGAAUGGGAACCCUUCUGAUUUCUAAAAUCAGGGAGGAGUAUCCCGACAGGAUGAUGCUUACUUUCUCUGUCUUCCCCUCUCCAAAGGUCUCAGACACUGUUGUGGAGCCUUAUAAUGCUACCCUUUCUGUUCACCAGCUCGUUGAGAAUGCUGAUGAGUGUAUGGUGUUGGACAACGAAGCACUCUACGACAUUUGCUUCAGAACUCUUAAGCUCACCACCCCAAGCUUUGGAGAUCUCAACCAUCUGAUUUCUGCGACCAUGAGUGGUGUAACUUGCUGCCUACGGUUUCCCGGUCAGCUCAAUUCCGAUCUGCGCAAGCUUGCUGUCAAUCUCAUCCCGUUCCCUCGCCUUCAUUUCUUCAUGGUUGGCUUCGCCCCACUCACAUCUCGUGGGUCACAGCAAUACAGAGCCCUUACUGUGCCAGAACUCACUCAGCAAAUGUGGGACGCAAAGAACAUGAUGUGUGCUGCUGAUCCUCGACACGGCCGCUAUCUGACUGCUUCAGCCAUGUUCCGUGGCAAGAUGAGCACAAAGGAGGUCGAUGAGCAAAUGAUCAACGUCCAGAACAAGAACUCUUCAUACUUUGUCGAAUGGAUCCCCAACAACGUCAAGUCUACUGUGUGUGACAUUCCACCAACGGGCCUGAAGAUGGCCUCGACAUUCAUAGGCAACUCCACUUCGAUCCAGGAGAUGUUCAGACGGGUGAGUGAGCAGUUCACAGCCAUGUUCAGGAGAAAGGCUUUCUUGCAUUGGUACACGGGAGAGGGGAUGGAUGAGAUGGAGUUCACUGAGGCGGAGAGCAACAUGAACGACUUAGUCUCCGAGUACCAACAGUAUCAAGAUGCAACAGCUGAGGAAGAAGGCUAUGAGUAUGAAGACGAAGAGGAUGAAUACCAAGAUGAAGCCUAAGUUUUACAACAUUCAUAUCUUUGCAUCGAUUGUUUAGCUAUGUUUGAUAGUUUGGUGUUUGCUGCUAAAUGGUUUUUCGAGAUUGUGUGGUGUCUUUCAUGUCAUAUCUUAUGUUAUUAUACCCUCUGCUAUCAGCUUGUGAAGUUAAUGAAUUUGCAUUGCCAGUAAA